AUGGACACUGUGGUAGAUAUCAGUGGGUGCGCUGAUAAGGAUGUUGUAAAGUUUAUAUCGCAGUCAUUCAAGGGUGAGGCACUAGCUUGGUGGAGGUCGUUGAUCCAAGCUACCAGAAAAAUCCCAUUGUACAAUCUAUCAUGGGAUCAGUUUGUGGCAUUGAUUAAGGAGAACUACUGCCCUCAGCAUGAGGUUGAAAAGAUUGAGUCUGAUUUCUUAUUGUUGGUUAUGAAAAACCUAGAUUGCCAAGCCUACCUUACAAGCUUCAAUACAAUGUCAAGGCAGAGAUCGCUGAGGAACACUGAUGCUGAAAAGGGAAAGCGUGAGGAUGACAACUCACGACGUUCAGAAAAGAAGCAUAAGGGAAAUAAUGACCACAAAAAGGUUUCUGGAUCUAAGAAGGAGGGUCAGCAGAUGGGUGAUAAGCCCAAGUGUAAAAUCUGUAAGAAGCACUAUUUCGGGAAAUGCAUAUAUGAGUCGAAAUCCCAGUCACAGCCAAGGGCAUGUGGGAUUUGUAAAUCUUCUGAGCACAAGACUCUAGACUGCAAGAAGAUAAAGGACGCAACGUGCUACAACUGCAACAAGAAAGGGCACAUUAAGUCAAAUUGCCCAAAGUUUGCGAAGAAGGCUGAGGAGGGGAAGAAGACCAACGCUAGGGUCUUCCAGAUGAACACACAGGAGGCGAUCCAAAACGACAAUGUGAUAACAGCGCUUGCGAACUCCGGCGGUAGUUUCCUGUUAGCCGAAAUGAGUGUGUCCGGUGAGAGCAAAACCAUCGAGAGUGUGUCGGAACAGUUUGUGGAAAUCAAACGAGAGGAUGUAGGGGGUUCGACCGAUGAAAGUUGUUUGAGUGAUGGUGUCGAUAGUGGCUGUGAGGAUGUCGAGAAAGGUGUGGGGAUCGAGGUGGAGGAUGGUUGA